AUGGAAACGAUCUAUGGGGACGUGUAUCAUUCACCCUUCACAACUGCUACUUUGGCUUUUGCGACAGUCACUUGCAAUGCUCACGUUGUUGGAAGUUUGAUCAGAAUAUCAAGUGAACGUUGGCAAUAUUUUACCAGAUGGAUCAACUGUUGGUUGCUUCUGUUCAAUGUGCUCUUCAUUGUCAAUUGUGUCCUCAACUUGACCGGUCAACAUAGCCCUGCUUGCGGUGCACUGACUGUGUUUGUGAUGUUCAUGUCCUGGAUGAAUAUUUUACUCCAAAUGCUCCACUAUCGCUCGAUCGGUUUAUUUGUUGUCAUGUUUAUCCAAAGGGAAGUGAAUACUUACACUAUUCAAGAGAGACGAAAAAUCGAUUGGCCUAUUGUUUCCUCGGAUACGAACACUUGA